AUGAGCAUCCAUGCCGACCUAGUUCCACUGGGUUUCGCCUCAAAGCUCCGAUCCAGCAGUCUUCUCGUCGCGGGUGGCCACGUACUUGAAGAACAGGAGCACGAAGAUAUCGACGUGCUGUUCAUUGGGAUGGAAACUCCUACCCGGCAACGGACCAUUCGUCGACUGCGCGACGCCGGCAUCAUGGUUUUCCACCCGAACUCUGAGAGAGUGGACCUGUUCGGUGCCGCAUUUGAUACAGUAUCCGCCAGGAGCAAAAUCGUGCUCAAUUUGAACGCCUUUGAAGGGGCCACAACGACUGCGAUCGAGUCCAGGAGCAACGGCAGCAGCCCAGGAGAUCUUUGUGACAAUGGGGAAUGGAAAAUGCCCCGACUUGCCCGUCUUUUGGCCAACGGAAGGUUUAUCGUCAGCGAGAUGAGCGGUAGUGAUUCCGAGAGGGCAAAGUUUUCUGGGGGAGUUGUGUUCGCACCACCGGAGCGCCUCGCGGAGACGUGCCAGUUUUAUCUUCAAAGGCCAGAAUUGCGGAUGAGCAUCGCCCAGAGCGGCCGCCGGCUCUUCGAGCAACAUCUCGAAGCCGAUAUAUUGAGGAGGCCCGUUGGCAGGCAUCUUGCAGCGCAUAGAGUGCUAAAUAGAUAG